CAGAGCUUCCCACUUUCCAGGAAGACUCGGACGCCACGUCUCCAACCGCUGGGGACCAGUGGGACUUAGGGGUCUGGCCAGACCUCCAAAAGGUCCCCUAACUCUGUCACCCACCUGCAGCAUCUGCUUUACUUGGGGGAGGGAAGAGCAAUAGGCUCUUGUUUCACCAUAGUUUCCUUCUCUCAUCCCCCACCCCAGGGAGGUGGCCUGACAAAGGGGAAGAGGCUGGCCCUGGGGAGCCUAGAGUCCCCUGAGCCACCAUCAGUCUCACGGCUCUGACCUUUCCAAGCCCAAAGGUAGAGCCGAGGGCUGGAGGACCCAUAAAGGCCAAGGCCCCUGUAAUCCUGCCCAGGCUUCCUGCUUCCCUUCAAGGCCUCUGCGUCUUCAGUAACUCACCCUGCUCAGGCUGGGUGACUGGGCUGAAAUCCCACCCAGCUCCCGUGCCCUGAUCUCAGGGCUUCCCUGCCCCCUCCCUGCCUCCCCCCACUACAAUUCAAGAAGACCCAUGGCCCAGGAGGCCACCUACCUGAUCCCCCCCAUCCUGCUGGUGCUCCUGGCCUCAGGCUCCUGGGCACAGGACAGAGAGUUCCUGCAGAAACUGGAGGGCGAGACAAUCGUGUUGAGAUGCCAGUACAGCCAUCACCAACGCUCAAAGGUGAAAAGCUGGUGUCGGAAAAUGUCCGCCAAUUGGUGUGCAGUAUUAGUGGACAGUUACAGGACAGUGCCCCGCUACUCCAUCCAGGAUCAUCACGCAUCUGGCUACUUCAAUGUCACUGUGACUGGACUCAGGGUAAACGACUCAGGAGUCUAUUAUUGUGGAGUCUCUGAAUAUCCCAGGAUCUAUGUUCUCAGAAUCAUCCAGUUGGUGGUGUCUAAAGCUUCAACCCCUCCCACCACCCGGAGCACCAGAAUGACCACAGCCCUGGCCUCUGCCACCAGCCCUGACAUUGGCAGCCCUCCAGGCAACUGGAAGUGGACAUUCAUCUCCUCGGGCCUGGUGGUGGCUGUCCUGUUGCUGGGGCUUAUUGUCCUCCUGGUCCUCUAUCUCAGGAAAGCCCAAGGAAGAGACAGGAAAGGUGAGAAGGAAUCCCACGACAUCUAUGAGGACACUGCAGACCAGAAGCAGAAGGCCUCCGGCUUCCAUCGGCAGUCCAUCUCUGAUGAGGACACUGGGGCCAUCUGCUAUGUGUCACUCAUCCAUCUAAACCACUGUGGCCCUGAGGACUCCAUCUACAUUAACACUCACCCCAACCCCCAGCUGAAGCCCAGGCCUGACCCCUUUCAGUCUGUGGAAUAUGCCAGCAUCGCUGGAAAGAGACCCGCCCCCUCCACGCUGGAUGCUCUAGAUGGGAACCUGGGAACUGAAGCAGAAUUCACUAGGCAGUGACCACCUACCAAAAUGCUUGCUGGGUACGAAGCUACUCUAUCAGCCACAAGAGGACUUCGUGCAGCAAAGAUGGCCACACGCUGUCCGGGGCCAUGCCCUUCUGUAAGGGAAGGAAGAGAAGGAAUCUUGUCAACCCAGAGAGCCACCAUGGGCAAGCUGUGGGCCUAACAGAGGGGUUUCUGGAUCCUCCUCUGUCCCCUUCCCAGGGUCUGACAAGAGUGCUACCAACAGAGUCCAGCUAGGACCUGAGGCCAGGGCCUCUGAGUAACCCAAUCUUGCCUCCCUGUAUGACUUUCACUUCCUUCCUGACCAGGGGCCACGAAAUCCUGCCAAUUGUGCAAGUUCCCCCAUUGGUAUCUCUCAGGGUCUCUAGGCCAGCCUGGGGAGCUCUGCCCAGUCAGCUCUCUCCUCGCUCCUGGCCUCCUGAUUCCACCUCCAUUCCCACCCUUGGGAUCCUUCCACUCUGCCAGGAAGAACACUGGGAUGUGGGCAGUGCCCACCACUCCAGAGUCUCUCUGAGCCCUUGCUCUGGCCAGGCAGUGAGGGUCGGAGGGGCUUCUUUCCCUGUGGCCAUUCGCACAACUCCAUCUGAAUUGAUUCGCGCUCCUCCGCCUUCCAUGGAAGCCAUUAUUCCCUCUAUACCUGCGUCUCAGUCAGGCAGACCAGGCUGGGGCAGGCCUCCGCUCAGCCUGUGGAUCCACAGGGCCCUGCUGGAGACAGGGUCUCUUUCUCAUUAUGUGCCCUCAAAGAGUGACUCUGAACUCUGAACUUGGAGGACUCUAAGCCAGGGGGGCAGUAGGGUGGUGGUCUGCUGUCUCGGGGAAGCUUGCUGGGAUUUGCAGAUUUGUCACUUCUCGAGUCACUGGACCUGGCUGCCCCUGGGAGACAACCCCCCUCUGCACCCCUCAGUAGAGUCCCAUGGUCUCAGCCUGGCCUUGUCUCUCCACGCAGGGAGCUCAGCACUUCCUGCUCAGGCAGUGGGUUUGUGAAGGGUGGGAGGUUUGGGGUCUGGUGGGCUGGUUUUUGAGGACGAGGUCUUCCUCUGGGAGGAAGGCAGGUAAGCUCCUGUCACCUCUGACUGUGACAACUGUGCUGCCAUCGUCUGCAGUGUUGAUGGCAGGGUCCCAGUGUUGCUGUGGUCUGUGCUCAGUCUGUGGCACCGUGGGACAGACUGCAGACCUGUGGGGCCAGGCACUCAGGUUGAGGGAGGUGGGCAGAGGGAGGGAGUUGGGGUCUCUGAGUGUCACCCUGGCUCCGGGGGUCUCUGCCCUGCCCUGCUUGCCCCAUCCUCCUCCUGCAAUCCGGAUCUGACUACUAGAGGGUGGAUGAUUGCAGCACCCUGGCUUCUUCCUGACCCGGCUGUGCUCUGAGAGGGUCAUCAGCAUUGGCCUGCAGGUGAUCUCUGGUCCUUCAUGGCUCCUGAUAGCACUUCUGCUCUUGGUCCAUAUUUUAGACUGGGUGGCCCAUCUUCAGCACAUACUCCCCAGCUUGGGUCUCCUGCUUGCAAAAGACUGGCUGGUUUCUUCACAAACUGAAGGAUUUACUUGGACUGGGGCUCCUGGAGCUGACUGACCUGCAUUCAUCAGAGAAAUACUUACGGGUGCCUCGGACAGACAGUCACUUGCUCAGGGUGGAGGAGCCAGAGGUUAAUUUCAGUACGCCAACAUGGAGAGAGCAUGAAUGUGCCAGAUUCCUCCAUGUGGAUUAAUGGUUCAAAUAUCCCAAUAAGAGAAGUACUUUCUCCUGUUUUAUAGAUGGAAAAAUUGAGGCACAGGGAGGCUAAGUAACUUCCCCAAAUUACACAGAAAGUAAAUGGUGGAUCCUAGACCUUGAAGUUUAACCACUAUGUUUCUGGGGCACUGUUUACUUAAGAAGGUGUGUGUGUGUGUGUGUGUGUGUGUAUGUGAAAAUAGUGACAAUACAAACAGGCAUUGAUACAGCUAGAGGAAUGCUACAGGGGAAGGAUGAAGGAACGUGGGCUUUUGUGAUAAAGCCUCCUGGGGAUGGGAGGGGACAACAGCGGUGCAGCUGGGAAGUUCAAAGGGAGAGAUUCCAAGUCCACCAUUAGACCCCAGGACUUGAGCCCUCCUGCCCAUCCCCAGGGAGGGGGCUGCCCCUGUGACCACCAAAGGCCCGGGAGUCACUUUCCAGAGUUGUGUGUGGCCUUGCCCUUUCUCAGUACUCAGGCCCCAUGGUCGUUCCAGUAGGAAAGGAUUGCUGAUCCUUGACCUUUGGAGCCUAGGAGGUUUUAGGUCAUUGCACACGGCCAAGCUUCCCACCCCAGGGGCAGCGUCCCUGAGGUCUGUGAGCAGCCGCACAGUGGGCCCUCCCUUCCCCUUGCCGCCCCUGCUCUUCAGGCAGGUGUCGCCGUAUGCGACGAUGUUUUAUUUUUCAGGGGUGUUUCAAGCCUCUGUGUUUUGAGAUAGUCUGUUACGCAACAACAAGAAAUCCAAACAAACAGCCGAGACAGAUCUGGAGAAGAACAGGGUCACGGGGAGCGGCCUGGCCUUACCCCACCAGAGAUCAAGACUUGCAGUGAUGCGGCAAUGAUCACUGUGCCAUCCUUCCACAGGAAGGUGGCCAAGGCGACAGGAUUGAGGCGAGAAACGCCUGUGGACGGAUGGAAGUGUGGCGUUCCACGGCGUGAGCACCAUGAACACAGCUAGCUCUCCAUCUGGGGGAGAUAAAAUUAGGCGCCUACCUUAUGUCUCACACAAAAAUAAGUUCCUGUGGGGCUGAGACCUCAACAUGAAUAGCUGAGCAAUACAAUGUUUAGACAAAAAUAUACAAGUUUUUACACUUCAGGCUACAGAUUUCUUAAGCAGGACAUCAGAGGCCCAAACCACAAAAGAAGAUCCUGGGAGUAAGGAAUCAGGGCGAGCUGUAACUUGGAACUGUCAUUACCCUGCAGAUAACUGAUAAAGGGUUAGAGGCCACGAUUUGUAAAUAGAUCAUUCAGAUCAAUCUAAAAGGAUCAAGCCAUUUUCAUUUGGCAUAUAGGUAAAAAACAAAGCAGAUGAGAACAUUUAAAAAAAAGGCAUUUAAUAACAUUGAACUUCAACAACAAUCAGAAAAACUCAAUUUUUACCUAGAUAUGUAUCUCUAGCAGAUUAGUCAGGGGCUUCACACAUAUCUGUAAUAAUUUAUUUAAAAAUACAUGUAUUUAUUCAUUUAUACACACAUAGAUGUUCAUAGGAAGAUGGAUAGAUGACCUCACAUUUUCUAAUUCUUAGAGUUGAUGAUAAUAAUCAUAGAAAAAUAUUUAGUUCCAUGUAUGAAUUUGAGCAACCCAAAUGGCUUUUUUUUCCCUGUAAAAAUGCGUAUAAAAUCAUUUUGGGUAUGAGCUGACAUCAGGUCUCUGUUACACCAAAGGUUUAUGCACAACCUUUGAUGUAACAGAGGGAACAACAUUUAAACAUGCAAAUGGAAAACAAACCAGAUAUAACAAAAUGCAUAGCUGUAGUGUGAAAUUUUACUGUAAAAUUUCACUUAAUACAAUGUAAGAGAAAACAGCCUUUCAUUUCCUAGAUUUAAACCAUUUUCCCCUCGUU